AUGUGGCUCAUUUACUUGCAGUACGUGGGAAGUAUGGAAAUUCCACGACCUGGCACCCGAAUCGAGAUUGUCGCCGCCAUGCGGCGAGUUAGGUACGAGUUCAAGGCGAGAGGCAUUAAAAAGCGACCGGUGGAUAUUACGGUAUCUGUGGAUGGCGUCAAGGUUGUGUUGCAACGGAAAAAGCAGAAGCAGAAGGGCCUCUCGUGGGACGAGUCGAAACUGCUUGUUAUGUUUCACCCCAUUUAUAGGAUAUUCUAUGUGUCGCACGAUUCUCAGGAUCUUCAGAUUUUCUCUUAUAUCGCUCGCGAUGGUGCUAGCAAUACUUUCAAGUGCAAUGUGUUUAAAUGUUCCAAAAAGGUGAGGUGA